UGGCCAAGGCCGUAGCCGAUCGGUAUGUUUCUUUUUUUUUUUUCCUUGAAUCCUUCCUUACCUUUGGACGACGCAACCAUAUCAAUUGGAGUUUCUCGGUUAUUGGUGGCUUUCCUUCGGACGAUCAAAUGACGAAAUUGGAGAUCAGUACCGGGCCAAGAAGCAACCAGAUAUGGAAUUGGCUAACGAUAAGUACUUCGCGACUUUAGGCUCGGCGUUGAGAUCGCAAAGACGAUGAGUUUGAAUUAUUCAAACCAAGAAACGAGCGUCACAGUCGGCGAGUCAGUUAGAGACGAAGAUGUCUUCAUCUUGCAAUCCACCGCACCGGGCGACAUUAACGAUGGCCUGAUGGAGCUCCUCAUCAUGAUCCACGCCUGUCGUACGGCCUCCGCCCGGCGCAUCACCGCCGUCAUACCUAAUUUCCCCUACGCCCGGCAGGAUAAGAAGGACAAGAGUCGGGCGCCUAUCUCGGCCAAGCUUAUCGCCAAUAUGCUGCAGACCGCCGGUUGCAACCACGUCAUCACGAUGGAUCUCCACGCCUCCCAGAUCCAAGGCUUUUUCAAUGUCCCCGUGGACAAUCUAUACGCCGAACCCAGCGUCUUGCGAUGGAUUCGGGAGAACCUUGCCGGUCAAGAUACGGUUAUUGUCAGCCCGGACGCUGGUGGUGCAAAGAGGGCUACAUCCAUAGCCGACCGUCUCGACCGUGGCUUUGCGCUCAUCCACAAGGAGCGCCCGCGUCCCAAUGUCGUGGGUAGGAUGGUACUCGUCGGUGACGUAGUAGACAAAGUUGCAAUUCUAGUUGACGACAUGGCCGAUACUUGCGGUACUUUGGCCAAAGCAGCAGCCACUGUCAAAGACCACGGCGCCCGCGAAGUCAUCGCCGUCGUCACUCACGGCAUCCUAAGCGGCGACGCUAUCGCCACCCUCAACAACAGCUGUCUGAGCCAGGUCGUCGUCACGAAUACCGUGCCCCUCGGCGACAAGGUCCAACGGUGCAAGAAGCUCCGGGUCAUCGACGUGAGCCCUACGAUAGCCGAAGCUAUCCGACGAACUCACAACGGAGAGAGUGUCAGUUUCUUAUUCACACACGCUCCGGUAUAAUGUGUAUUUGCUCGUACGAGCACUUGUCGAGGAGAAGAAGAGGAAGAAUGUGGCAGGUAACAAUCCUGCUAAAAUACGCGUGCGUUAUUAGGGUGGACUCCAUGGUUUCGGGAGUUUGAGAUUGCAUUUGGGAACCGCUUAUGCGAAGAGCCAAGACUGGGACGCCGUAGAGCACAAAAUCGAGGUCAUAUACGUACGGAGUUUAUUAUUUAUUAUACUGCAUUUCACUACGGGAUAUACAUGCAUCAUGUAAUGCAAUUCUGGCUAUUUCUAGCCUGGGUCACGGCGAAUUUGAAAGAACAUGGUUGGGAUAAGGAAGCAUUAUGUCACAUAGCAUCAUGAGUACCCAUACGG